AUGGUAGGAGAAGCCCCUGCCCUUUCAUCCCCAACCCCGCCCCCGCUCUCCUUCCAUUGGCUGACGCUGGUGGUGUGCGCCUGCCUGAUAGGCCCUGUGCCCGGCGCGUGGGCGGGCCUGGAGACGUGGGGCGCCGUGUCCACCUGCCCGUUCCACUGCGUGUGCCGCAACCUCUCCGAUUCGCUGAGCACGCUGUGCGCCGACAAGGGCCUGCUGUUCGUGCCGCCCAACAUUGACAGGCGCACUGUUGAGCUGCGGCUGGCCGACAACUUCAUCCGCGAGGUGGGAGGCGUCGACUUUGCCAACAUGACGGGCCUGGUGGAUCUGACGCUGUCCCGCAACACCAUCCACCUGGUGCGGCCCAUGGCCUUCGGCGACCUGGAGAGCCUCCGCUCGCUUCACCUGGACGGCAACCGCUUGAGCGCUCUGGGGCCCCGAGACCUCACAGGGCUGCUAAACCUCCAGCAUCUCAUCCUCAACAACAACCAGCUGACGAACAUCUCGUCGGAGGCCUUCGACGACUGCUUGCUCACGCUGGAGGACCUGGACCUGUCCUACAACAACCUCCGCAAAGUGCCGUGGGACGCCAUUCAGAAGAUGGCUUCCUUGCACACACUGAACCUAGACCAUAAUCUCAUCGAUCAGAUCUCGGAGGGCUCGUUCGGCGAGCUGUACAAACUGGCGCGCCUGGACAUGACGUCCAAUCGGCUGAGGACGCUGCCGCCAGACCCGUUGUUCGCGCGCUCCCAGAUCGGAGCCAUCAGCCCCACGCCGUACAUGGCCACGGUCAUCGUGCACUUUGGCGGGAACCCGCUUCACUGCAACUGCGAGUUGGUGUGGCUGCGACGGCUGAUGCGGACCGAUGACAUGGAGACGUGUUCGUCGCCUCCGCAGCUGGCGGGACGCUACUUCUGGUCCAUCCCCGAGGAGGAGUUUGCCUGUGAGCCGCCGCUCAUCACACGCCGCACCCACAAGUUGUGGGUACUGGAGGGCCAGCGCGCCACCCUCAAGUGCCGCGCCAUCGGCGAUCCGCCGCCCGACGUGCUCUGGGUGUCACCGGACGACCGCAUCAUAGCCAACAGCAGUCGAGUGGUGUCUUUCCGCAACGGCACGCUGGAGAUCCUGGUGACGGUGGCUCGGGACGAUGGGGCCUACCGCUGCAUCGCCAUGAACGCUGCCGGUGAGUCCACCGCCACCGUCGACCUGAAGGUCAUCCCGCUACCGCACCGGGGCAACGGAACGGUCAUGCUGUCCCGUGACCCGCCCGGCUCCUCGGACAUCACCACGGGCAAGACCAACGGCGGCGGGAAUGGAAAUGGAAAUGGAAAUGGAAACGGCGGAGUGGUAGCGGAUGGGGAGGCCCCCGAGGGGAGAGGCGGUGGUCAGGGUCGAGGUGAUGGAGGUGCUGGUGGGGGUGGCGGAGGAGCAAGUAGAGGUGGUGGUGGGGAGGAGCAGCGGGUGGUGGGGGUGCUUGGGGUGACCUCGACCUCCGCUCAGGUGCGCUGGGACAUGCGCCGGCUGCCGGGGACGUACCUGGUGUGGAUGUACCAGAUCCAGUACAACUGCACAGCGGACGAGACGCUCGUCUACAGAAUCCUGCCGUCCACGAGCAACAGCUUCGUGCUGAAGAACCUGGUGUCGGGCGCCGACUACAACCUCUGCGUGCUGGCCAUCUUUGACGACACCGUCACCUCGCUGGCCGCCACCAAAGUGCUCGGCUGCGCCCAGUUCAGCACCAAGGACAACAACCCGGAAUGCAACUCUCUGCGUGCCCACUUCCUGGGCGGCACCCUGACCAUCCUGGUGGGCGGGGUGGUGGUGGUGACGCUGCUGGUGUUCACCGUGGCGCUCAUGGUGCGCCACCGCGUCUGCAGUCACCACGACGACGGUUGGCACGGUGGUGGUGGUGGGGCGUCGAGGCUGGGGGGCGACGAGGCCGGUUGUUCGGUGGGGUCGGCGUCACCGACGGCCAAGGGUGGAGGAGGAGGAGGAGGAGGAGGAUGCGGCGGCGGAAGUGAUGGUGAGGGAGGGGACGUGUUUGGACAGAACAACGGCAACGGGAGCAUGAUGAUGGUGGUGCUCCCCAACGGAGCUUACCAGAAGCAGAAAGCAGCUGCGGCUUCCUCCACUUCCUCACCCAAGGCGUCCCACAUGUCCAAGCCCAAGACCCUGCCCAAGCCAAAGGUCAACUUGGAGCCGUACCGUGCGGCCGCCUCUAUGGACGAUUCGGGGGCCCUGGAGCACACCCUGCUCCCGCCCUACACGCCCCAGAGCGACAGGCUGCCCCUCUUCUACUCGCCCUCUCCGAGCUCCUCCCCGUCCACACUGCCCCGCCUGUCCAGGCGGCCCUCGGGGACCCGGCUGGGAGGGGCCACGGGGCAGGUGAGGGUGAGCUCCAGCUCCAGGCCGCAGACGCCACAAGGUGGUCCUCCACCGCUGGACAUACCCGACAUGACGCAGCGAGGCAGCCUGACGCUGGCUGCGCCGUCUCGGUACCGACCUACGGCGGGUAUGGGCACCGCCGACGUGGAUUACAGGGAGUGGCGAUCCAGCCUGGGCACCACUGAGGGUGUGGUGGUGGUUGCCAAGCGCGGCAGCGGCCAAUGGAACUCCUCGCAGGCCUACCAGAGUCCCGCGCUAUCGCACCAAAGCCCCGCCCACAUGGCCCUGCGCAAAAAGCGCAGCUCGUCCUUCGAUAUGGGCGAGAUCGCCGUGGCGACGGCCGUCUCGACCACCGCCGGCGCCUCGUCGUGCGUGAACUACGCCAGGCGACUGGGCGCCCUCUGGACGCGUAGGAGCCAGUCGCUGCACGGCAUGCUGGUCCAGUGCGCCUCGGUGACCAGCACCUCCACGGGGAGCACGACCAGCAGCACUGGCGGCGGCAGCACCAUCAGCGGUAGCAGCACGACCGGGUCUUCUACGGCGUCUGCUACCAUGGUGUCUCGCUCUGGCGGCGCGGUGACGUCACAGAGCCACCUCGUGCAGCACGACAGGAGAAAGGACAACAAGAAGGAGGAGGAGCUAGAAGAGAGUGUGGUGUAA